AAACUUACGGUGAGAGGAUGCUCCGGUCGCAGGUGAGAAGAAGUAAUGCAACAAUUCAAAUGGCAAUUUGCACAAGAAAUCACAAGAGCAAGAACGACAAAAUCACAAAUUGCAAGCAAGCAGAAAGACAGAGCAAGAUGGAAAAAAGCAAGACAUUGGCGAGCAGGUGAGAUCUGCUUGAAGUCAGGACUCGACGGGGGCAGACAACAGGAAGUAAUAAAAAGCCGGCGGACAUCAAAGGAACAGCGAGACCAGCAUGGCACAGCGAAUGAUCACCAGGUGGAUAGUCCCGGAAGUGAGCAGAGUCUCGGAUGAGUCGAAAAAGAUGACCAAC